AUGGCUUUUGGCAAGGCACGCUCCAGUAAGCGCUCGCCGUCGUCUUAUACGUCGACGGUCACUAUGGUUAUUUUCAUCGCUAUCUGUGUUAUUGGUCUAUGGAUGCUAACAUCCUCCUUUAUUCCGCGACAAACCACAAGCACUGCCAACGACCUUUCUUCUUCCACCAAUUCUCGAACUCACUAUCAGCACAAGGACCCUCCAGCCUUCGAAGACUCUCAGGGUGACCUCCCUGACGUCGAACCAAAGCAGAUGGUUGAGAUGUCUAAUUAUGAUUCAAAGUCUCGGGAAGACAAGCAAUCAUCAGUAUUGUUGCCAGAGAACCGCUCAGACCCAGUUGUAGAAGGCAAUGCAGAAGACGAAACUGAGCUAGAAAAUAUUGAGGCCAGCAACGACGAUGGCAAUCCUAAAAGUAGUAACAAUGAAGAACAUGAGAAGGAUCAAUCUUCUCUCGAAGAAGAGAACACGGUAGAAACCCAGCAAAGAAAAGAAGAAUCUGCUGAUGUCGAACAGCAGGCAAAAGAAGAGAGUGAAACAGAAGAAAUUCAAGAAAUCUACGCUCAGUCUGAACAACAGACAACAGAAGUCCAAAGUACUGAAAGAACUCAACAGGAUACCCAACAGGAGACUGCAGAGAUGGAAAGCCAGGAAAACACGGAUCUCUCCCGACAACAGAUAUCACAGGAAGAUCAUCAGGAGAUAUCUGAUUUCCAAAACGCUGAGAUUCAUGAGGGGAUUUCAGAACCAGAAAUUCGACAGGUUAUGAACGAGGAAACCGUACUACAGGAGCAGCAGGAAUCCGAACAACAAGACGAAACAACUGACAACGAAGAAUCCCAACAGAGCGAAAGAACAGAAGCUGAGAAACAAGAAGGUCAUCAGAGCGAAGAGAAUGACAACAGUUCCAACCAGGAGACUCAGCAACAAGAACAAGAUAUUUUGACGGAAGAAAAGGAAAUGGACUUGAACUCGGGCGAGUCGUUCCUGGGUGAAGCCCAAUCGGAGACUCAGCAACAAGGUAUUAUGACGGAAGAAAAGGCGGCAACGGAUUUGAACUCGGGGGGCGAGUCCUUCCCCGGUGGGGCUCAUCCGGAGAUCCCAAAGGAGUCGACCGAAUCAAAACAGAGUUGGUCGACCCAGGCGGUUCAAUCGGAGAACGAGAAGGAGAGAAGAAAGGAAGGACCGAACGGUAUAGACAGGAACUUGUACGGAUACACGUGGGAACUGUGUAACGUAACAGCGGGCCCGGACUAUAUACCGUGUUUGGACAAUGAGAAAGCUCUGAAGAAGCUACACAGCACUAGACACUACGAGCAUCGCGAGAGGCACUGUCCAGACGAAGCUCCCACGUGCCUGGUCCCACUUCCCGAUGGAUAUAAGAGAUCCAUCGAGUGGCCCAAGAGCAGAGACAAGAUAUGGUAUCACAACGUUCCGCGCACGAAGCUGGCGGAGGUGAAGGGUCACCAGAACUGGGUGAAGGUGACCGGAGAGUUUCUAACCUUUCCCGGCGGUGGGACCCAGUUUAUUCACGGUGCACUACACUACAUCGAUUUCAUCCAGCAGUCAGUACCAAAGAUUGGAUGGGGGAAGCGGAGUCGAGUGAUAUUGGACGUUGGGUGUGGAGUGGCCAGCUUUGGUGGGUAUCUAUUCGAGAGAGAAGUUCUAACCAUGUCGUUUGCACCGAAAGAUGAACACGAGGCACAGGUCCAAUUUGCUCUUGAACGGGGAAUUCCGGCAAUGUCUGCCGUGAUGGGUUCUCAGCGGCUGCCAUUUCCAAGCAGGGUCUUUGAUCUUGUUCACUGUGCACGUUGUAGGGUCCCUUGGCAUGCAGACGACGGUGCUCUUCUUUUGGAGAUAAAUCGUGUUCUACGCCCUGGCGGUUAUUUUGUUUGGUCAGCGACCCCUGUGUACCAGAAUCUGAAAGAAGAUGCGGAGAUCUGGAAGGCAAUGUCGGCACUAACACUAUCAAUGUGUUGGAAUCUUGUUACCGUCAAGAAAGACAAACUGAAUUCUAUUGGUGCGGCGAUAUACCGUAAACCCAUCACUAAUGAAUGCUACAACCACAGAAAGAACAACAGUCCUCCCAUGUGCAAGGAUGAAGAUGACCCAAAUGCAGCGUGGUAUGUACCUCUGCAGUCGUGCAUGCAGUGGGUGCCUGUUGCUGGGACUGAGAGGGGCUCCCAGUGGCCUGAGGAGUGGCCUCAAAGAUUGGAGACGCCUCCCUACUGGUUAAACAGAUCUCAGAUGGGAAUCUAUGGAAAACCAGCUCCUGAUGAUUUUGCUGCAGACUAUGAGCACUGGAAAAGAGUGGUGAGAAAGUCCUAUCUUAGUGGUCUUGGUAUCAGUUGGUCCAACGUGAGAAAUGUGAUGGACAUGCGAGCUGUUUAUGGGGGGUUUGCAGCUGCACUGAAGGACCUAAAACUGUGGGUGAUGAAUGUUGUGACCAUAGAUUCCCCAGAUACACUUCCCAUCAUCUAUGAGCGCGGUCUUUUUGGGAUAUAUCAUGAUUGGUGUGAAUCUUUCAGCACUUACCCCAGAAGCUAUGAUCUCUUGCAUGCUGAUCACCUCUUCUCCAGGCUGAAGAAAAGGUGCAAGGUUGUGCCUGUGAUGGCAGAGAUCGAUAGGAUAGUCAAGCCAGGAGGUAAACUGAUUGUCCGCGAUAAGUCCAGCAUUGUGGGCGAAGUUGAGAACAUAUUGAAAUCCCUCCACUGGGAAGUUCGCUUAAUCUUUUCAAAAGAUCAAGAAGGAAUCCUUAGUGCCCAGAAAUCUGAUUGGCGGCCGAGAACAUAUUCAGCUUCUUCUUGACUUUCGGAAGUUGUAGUAGCCCUCAUGGUAUAUGGAGAUUUUGACCAGUAUUUCCAAGGGAAAGCCUGAUGAAAGUAGUGCUUCUCAUCCUUUGUAGGGUAAGUUAAAUUCGACGAAUCCGGCUAGGUAGAUGCAUCUGUUUUGUUUUGCAGAUUGCAUGUAAAUCCGUAAGAGUUGUACAACUAUAAACCAAUCGAGGAAGAGUUGUAGUUGAUGAAUGAAGAUAGCGUAUAAGCAUUGGUGUAGUGUAGUCUCCCCAACAGUGAUAUAAUCUCUUUUGAAGGUAAACCAAGGGGGAAGCCUUGUUAAAAGGUGAAAGUUCCUGAACCAUCUUGUGGUUGUGUGUAGAUUAAACCACGGGUUGCCAAAUCAGAAAUCCAGGAUGUUAGGCUAUACUAGUGCUCUCA